CAUAGAGCAGAAUUUACAAAUUUUUAUUUAAAAUUUAUGCAUUUUAACGCAUACCUAAUCAGUUCAGUACGGAAUUGUUGAUUGUAAAUAAACUACUAACUAUCAGUGCUGUAUAGUGUAUAUUAUUUUUGAACUAUUAAACAUUGCUGUAAUAAAUAAGCUGAUCGAGAUACAUUUGCUAUUAUGAUCAUCCUUGGGACGGUAAAACAAACUUGAAAAUUUCAAGUCUAAAAGUACUCUGUGCUUGAAAAUAUAUAGUCAUGGCUAAAAUAAUAACAAUGAAAACUGAUCUUGAGAGUAUCUUAGAAAACGUUGAUGAUUAUACUAUUGAUAGUGGAUAUUAUUCAAGUAUCCAAACAGCAUUAGAAGCCAAAAAUUCAAUUAAUGAGUCUGUUGUAAAAAAAUUGUUAUUAUUUUUACAACAGAACCUUGAUAAUGGUGAUAAGCUGUACACAGUAAAUAACCUCAAUAUAAUAAGUUGUUUCCUGAAUAAAUUAAAGGACAGUGAAUGCACUCAAUUUAGAAAUCAGGCUUCCCUGGCUCUUUGUCUGUUAAACUAUCUUAAAAGAUGUGUCCACAUUGUUAAAAUAGACUCAAUAAAAAUUCUCAUUUUCGAUAUCUUGCUCAAAUUUCCGGAGGAAACUCUAAUUGUGUUAGUAUUAAAUAAUUCCAAAAAUUUAUUUGAAGUUAUAGAACUGUACUGUCAAGAAAAUCUGCCUGUCUCCAUUAGAAUACAGUUUACAAGAAUUAUCACAAAGCUACUCAAUAUUUUGCAACCAGAUUUGAAAAAGAAAUUUGUAUGUGAUGGCUUAGAUAUCUGGUUCGGAAAAAUUCUACCAACAGUGUUAUUGGCAAUACCUCAAUUGUCAAUUGCCGAGGGUAAUGAUGCAGUCACAUGUUGUGAAACUCUUACUGAAGAGAUAGUCUUCAUUGAUUAUGAAUAUAACCCCCUUUGGGAAAUCUUUCUGGAAUGCAUAUCCACAACAGCUAAAUACCCUGUUAUACUGAUAAACCUUUUAGAGAAAAAUAACGAUCUUUGGCACAGGCUGUGGAUAGUAUUUGUAAGACUUUUGAAGAAUCAAAUAACAAGAAGUUUAAAAUAUGGGUUUCCAAUUAAUGCAAUGCUGCCAGUUGUGGAAAAUGCAUUCAAAAUGGAUGUUACAAACAGAUGUCGGGCAUUCAAAUGUUGGGAAGCGCUCAUCAAUAACUUGUGUACAGAGACAAAGGAUGUUAACGUGAUAAAAAGAAUUAAACUGCUGCUUACUCCACUUAAUGCAAACAAUGCGAAACACGAAGAAGUUGCUAUUGCAAAAUUUUCUACUUGGUGGUGUUUCAUAGUUAAAUAUCAAACAAUAGUGAAUAAGUAUUUUGAUAUUACAGUUGUACCAUACUUGACAUUCUGCUUUGGAAAUUCAAUAAGCAAUAAUCAAUCCAAUAAUCCUGCAAUAAUCCCUGGAAUGCUUUCUCAUACCACUAAAUGUUUGUGUAUUGAGGGAGUCGCUGAUAUCUUUGGUCAUUAUAAAUGUGCUGGAUGUGUCAGUAAAAAAAGACUAGAUGGAAAAAUUGUAAAUGCAUCGCAAUUAGUUAAACACUGGAAAGUUUGGAUGCAUACCCUGAGAUCAGUUUUUAAAGUGUGUAUGGAAAUUGGAGAAGAAGUGAAAAAUAAGGCACAGUGUAUUUGGAGAUCGUUUAUUGCGACAUUGGGAGACUUACCAGAUAAUAGCAUACGAAGAGACUUAUUUUUUGAGAUAUUGACAUUGUUGCGUGAAACUGUGCAGCAAUCACGAGGUAAAGCGUCAGAGUUCAUAAUUUGUGACUUAUUACCAAUUCUGUGUGAUGAUGAUAAGAAAAUUAGAUGUCUGCUUGCGAAUAAAGGCGACCUCAAUGCUCCGGGACCAGAGGUAUUGUCUAUAAUUCUGGAUCCAUGCAAUGAACUUUUUUAUAACAGUUGUGGAGUAGAAGCUUCAGUAAAAAUUCUGAGAUCUUGUUCAGAUUGUUUACUUGAGAUGGCCAGUAAAAAUUCGUGCAUGCCCUUCGAAGAUAUUUUAAUAGAAUUACCUUGGAACCAAAGGGGUCUUCUGAUAUGGGCCGCCAUUGCAGAGUCUAUAAUUCAGCGUAACAACGUUAUAUUUCCCCUCCUUUGUGAAUUGCAAGACCUAAUGAUGUGGCCAUUCAAAGUUACACCUGUAUUUACAAAUACUAAUAAAUAUACAGAAAUCUGGCUCUCUUUGUAUGCAUAUGUAAUCAACAGAUUGCCAUCAGACGACUUGGAACAAAUGAUUUUUAAGAUGCCCUUCUCAAAGAAGGAAUUUGAUAAAACAUUUGCGAUAAGAGCAACAUUAGCUUUAAUAAACCGCAAAUUAGAGGAUGAAGAUAUUACAAUCUAUGAUGAGGUUGAGUUUCUGAAGAAACUUGUUGUUGGGCAGAACAAUAACAAUAUUGUACCAUUUAUUAUUCCUAUAAUUGAUACUCUCAAGAUUAUAUUAACCAAAUUGACAGAUAAUUUAAAACUUGACUUGUUUCAAUUUGUGUUUUUGAUUAUCAAUGAAGUGCUUAUGCUUUUUAAAACAUGUAUCGAAGAAACAACUCUUAAGACAGAACAGUUGCAACUUGCUUAUAAAGAGCUCAUAUUAACAAUUGCAGAUAUUGUAAAUAGUAAUGUGACACAUCAAUGCAUUUUUAAAACCACAAUCAUUGAGGGUCUCACCGAUUUUUGUAAUUGUAGUACUAUGACAGAUACCCUUUCAAAUUCUGUUUUAGUUUUACUUAAACGUCACUUUGAUGUUAAUAAUCGUCGAAUAAAAGUUUUAAUUGAUAAACUGGAAAAUAAAGAUAAAAAUCAAUUACAAGAUCCUGAAACAAGUAAACUAAAGGAUAGUAACAAUUCAUUUUUGUCUCCUAAUCAAAAGAAAGGUAUCACAAAGAGGAAAAGAAAAAAUGUUAAAAUAGUUGAUACUGUUUUAGACAAUGGUGAAGAAUUUGUUGUAGUUGAAUCAAAUUGGAAAUUAAACAAAAAAAUUAUGACAGAUAAACAAAAGGAAAAAUUUCAAAGAAAAGGAGAAGACAUUCCAGCAUUAUAUCAAGAUUUGUCGCAAUCACAAGACGAGUUUAAGCAGAAGACAUGGAGAACUGAUUCAAUGGAUACAACCUCAUCUAGUAAAUCGGAAACAUCAUCAGAAAAUAGCAAAGUAUCAGCUUGUACUCUUAAAAAUAUUCCCAAUACCGAAUUUAGGCCUAAAAUGGUAGAAAAUAUAAUGAAUAACGUUGAUGUCACCUUAAAUUCACCAAAAGAAUCAUCUAUAACAAAAGUUAUUGCUGUUAACAAUCAAGAGAAUUCGCUCUUCGGAAAUAAAACAUCUACUUCGCCAAGAAUAGCUCUAAAAGAUCGUGUUAUUAAAAAUGUAAGAAAUUUAAUUGAAAAGUCAAAUAAGGCUGAGGGAAAAAAUGACCUAAAUACCAGUUUACGUGAAAAUCCAUGUAAAACGCCCCAAAAAAUGAUUAAAACUAGAACAUCAGGUAUUAACUCCGCACCUUCUCACUUGAACUCUAUAAGACCAUCUCGAAUGAAAAGGUUUCCUAAAAAGUUUGAUGAUACACAAGUUCUACUUGGAAGGCGACGUAGUUCGGAAUCCCGAAAUCAAUCACAAUCUCAAGACGAUCAGACCGAUGACGCUAAUAUUGUUGAAAAAAGUUCUUUAUAUGAAAUUUCUCAACAUUGUGAUGUAGAAAUCAAUGUUCCCAAUGAUGAUUUGGUAGUUCAAGAUGGAGAUAAUAUAAAGAUAACUGAAAACACGGUCACCGUAAAAAAUAAAGAUUACAACACCAACCUAGCCUCGCCAGAAUCAAAUCGCGGAUGUACUAAUGAUAAGCAAAAAGAAAAGAAUUUGAGUGUUGAGACUGUGCCCGAAAUAAAUAAACAAUUAGAGAAUACUGAAAAAAAGAUAGAAGAAAUUGCUAACGGACUUGUAACUGCGGCUACUGCUUUGAAUGAAAAUGAAACAGAUAUAACUGAUAUAACCCUCGCAAAAGAUACAGAAAUUUUAUCUACACCAAAAAGGGCGGCCACUACUGAAACAGUUAUUAGUAUCGAAAACUCAACAUCAAAAAAAUCCAGUCGAAAGUCUCGCAUUGAAAAAAGUUUAGCUAUUGAUAUGGUAGAUGGACAUCCUUUUUUAAAUGCACCGUCGGAAAAGCGGGCUCGAAAGACUUUAUUAAACACGCCAUGUACCAGAAAAAAAUUAGGUAAUAUAAUCAAAACAGACGAAACAGACAAUGAUGCUAAAUCUUGUAAUGAAACUUCCGAUAUUGUUCAGUCUCAAAAUAUUGAAGAUAUACCUGCUUCACAGGAUUUCAUAGAAGGAUCACAAGAUUCAUCCGUAUCGGAAAAAUCAAAUAAAAAAGUUCUAAGAGUGAGGGUGACCCCAAUAAGUCUUAGUAUACUCAAUUGUUCACCCCAAAAUAUAAUGAACACUAAUAGUAGUGCAGAAAGCAGCGAAAAUAUUGAAAACGAUACUAAUUUGACUAACAAACCACCUGAGAAACAAGAUAAUAUCGUAGAUUUAACAGAAAAUAUGGACACAGAACCCAUAACUGAAGAAAUCAUAAUUGACCCGAAGGAAACCGAAACACAAAUGACGCAAGCUUGUAAUAAUACAUCAGAAUUCAAUUCUCAAAAUACGGCUAAUGCUGACACACAACCUAUGGACCCUUAUUUACACAGCACGCUAAGUAAUCCAGUUAAUAUUGAAGGAGUUGAAUCGAUCAAAUGUAAUUUAAACAAUAGCGAACAAGUACCAAAUAGCCAAAAUCCAGAUGUAACAAUUACAUUAUCAGAAGAUUCAAAUGCAUUAGUUACUGCAAAUGAAACAACUAAAACUAUUACUGAUUCUGUUUUGGGUAACUGUAACAGUGAAGAAACUGUAUCGUCUCCAUUUAGAGAUGAAGAACAACGAAAACAAGAUUUUCACAAUAAUACAUUAGAAAUAUCUCCAAUAAAAACCUUGAGUCCUAUUAGAGAUGACCGCACGCCAUCGCCUGAAACCAGUAAAGAUUAUGUUGUAAUCCAACUUUCAGCACCAGUUCAAAGUAAUGGAGAACCAAUAGAAAAGUGUAAUUCGCCCGAAAUAUUUACAGAAGAUAAAACAUCACCAGAAAGACGAGAUUUGUCUCCACCAAGAGAUGGAAUUUCAGUUACGACUUCGAGUCCUAGUUCCUCGUUAUCAUUAAAAAAGAACAGACCUCAAGUGCGGCCUGUAGGUCGGAGCGCACAAAUAUUAGGCCUCUGCGAUCUAGACCCAUUAAGUAAAACUCCCAAUACAGAUGUAUUACAAGAUGAUGGUAUGAGAAAAUCAACGUUUAUUAGUACUUCAGUGAAAAGAAAUUUAAAGAAUUCAUACAGUAAUACUGUAAUAAUUGAUGGCGACGUAUCUAACGGGAAUGAGGAGUCUACCACAUUUCUUAAGUUGAAACGAACUUUACCGUCAAAUGACUGCAGUCCUGCUGGGCCAAUCUUAAAACGUAAACUUGCCGAUAUUGCUGAUGACGCAUCACCAUCCCCCGCUAGUAAGAAAAAACGAGUUAGUUUUCAUGAUCCACCUGUGUCCACGACUCUGUGUGUGAAGAAAUAUAUAGAACCCAGUGGAAUUAAUUCACCACAGAAUUCAGGUUCAAAACGUCUAGAAAGACAGAUGCGCCAACAAACACAGACACAUAAAUCACAAAGAAGGCUUGAUACAGCAUUUAAAUUAGACAUGGCGUUAACAAAUACAAUUGAAAGCUUCAGUCCAGUUCCUACACAAGAUACAGACACCCAAACAAUGGAUCUGGAUAAUACCCCGGUGGCAGUUGUUACAAAAACAAGCGACUUUAAUGACACUUUACCAAUUUGUCCUGAUCUCAUAAACUGUAAGGAUUCUAUAGCAAACGUUGCAGCAGAGUUAUCAUCGCCCUCCAUGAAAUUAUUGCUACUUAAUAAGAUUGACGACACAGCGAGUACAGUUGGUGACAUGGCAAAGAUGACUGAACUACAAAUAUCUAGACUAUGCAUUAAGGCACCAAAAGUUGAGACAGCCCGAAAAGUUUUAAAUAAUUACUUUAACAAGAUAAAAGUAGACAAAAUAAUCACGAAUGAAGAAUCUCCUAAUAUACGUGAUGUUAAUGAUUUGGAGAAUUCCAGUAAUGAUGUUGAAGUUUUAGAGAAUACCAGUAAUGAUGUUGAAGUUUUAGAGAAUACCAGUAAUCAUGUUGAAGUUUUGGACAAUACCAGUAAGGAUAUAAAUUCAGAUAUGGUAGAAAAUGUAGCCGAAACGGAACCACAGACAAUUAUAAAAGAUAUUAAGUCUAACGGUAUGCAGACUGAUGAAGUAAACUUGUCUCAUAGCAGUGUACAAACUGAUGGAUCUGACUCUAAAUCAACUGAAGAUAUUAUUUCGUCAUGCUUAGUAGAGAGAGCUGAUUUUGUUCAAGUGUUAGCUGAUGAAUUGGAUGAAACAUCAAAGAGUCAUUUAGCUUCAUCACUCUCAGAUGAAAGCUUCACCAAUUUAGUAUUGAGGACAUUAACUUCAGAUAAAUCCUCUACAAUAAUGGAUUGUUUAAUCGCAAAAGCUAGUCAUAAUACAGGAGAUUCUGAAGAAGAUAUAAUGUCUGUUAUAGAAAAUUAUGUUUGCAACAAGCUUGACUCAAAGAAUUUAAUACUUUUAUGUAGCAAUAUACUAAAGAAAGUAUAUGACAAGCCCUGAAUAAUCUGUUUAUGAUUUUAAUUGAUAUUAAAUGUUUUUAUGUAGAUUUUAAUUUGCAUGCAUUUUUAACGGAUAGGAUCGUUAAUUAUUGUUUAUGUCGUCUUUAUAUUAAUUAGGUGCCGAAUAAAGCAAAUAUUAAAGAGUUAAUUUCAUUUAUUACAAAACAAAUAUUUACAUAUUCAGUCACGGGCAAAGGCUAAAUCAACAAAGUAAAUUUAAAUUAUUUAUAGAUUUACAUUUUAUGCUAAUGUCUCUCAGUAUAAUAAAACGCGGGAUUAUUUUGUGUAAUAUUAACAUGACGUGCACUAUGUAAGGCUUAUAAGUGCGAUAAAGUUUAUAUUGGCUGGAGAGUAGCGAGUCUUUGACAUUAGCAUAAAAUAUCUUUGUAUAAUGAAGCCCAAACUCUUAUACAGGGUUCUAUAAAUGAGGUACCACAUUUGAAAAAUAGAGAAGGUACAUGGCAUAUAAGGUAUCACAAUCUAUUCACAGGAUACUUGAGUUAAAGCUCUAAAUAUAUAAGACUUAGCUAUUUUUAACACUUAUUUACAUUUAUGUACUAGCUUACAUAACACCCACCCAUUAAAAUAAUUAUCACACAGACUGUCCAAUUUUACUUUAGUGGUAUAAACUUAUUUUCUAUUGUAGUUAAGUGACUAUACCUGAUAAGUUGCUGUAUUAGUUCGUAGGAGCAAUGUAAUAAAUAAAAUUUGAAAUA